AUGUCGACCGUAGCGGAAUACUACGCCGAGAAGAACGUCCUCGUGAGCGGCGGAACGGGGUUCGUAGGCAAAGUGCUGGUGCAGAAGCUUCUCCAGAGCUGCCCGGAGAUUGGCCGAGUGUACCUGCUGAUGAGGCCGCGAAGAGGGAUCGGCGCCAAGUGCAGGCUCAGUCGAUUUAUCAGCUCGAAGGUAUUUGACAAUAUCCGCUCUCGACCGCACAUAUUCGAAAAGCUACACUUGAUUCGGGGUGACCUGCUUCUGGAAAACCUCGGAAUCUCGGAUGAAGAUGCCCAACUGUUACGCGACGACUGCCAUGUCGUGUUUCACUGCGCCGCAAAUGUCAAGUUCGAUGCCCCCCUCCGUGAAGCGGUCGAUAUGAACGUGGUCGGAAGUCACAGGAUGUUAGAACUGGCAAAAAGCAUGAAAAACUUAGAGGUUUUCGUCCACUUGUCGACUACAUACUGUCGCGCGGACCUGCCCGUGCUGGAGGAGACCCUGUACCCGACGAAGCACGACCCUCUGGAGGUCAUUCGCGUCACUCGAUGGUUGGACGCCGAGACUCUGCAGCACUUAGAGAGCAAGUUAAUAUCACCGCAACCGACGACGUACAGCUACACCAAGUGUCUAGCGGAGUCAUUGGUGAGCCAGUACGAGGGAUGUUUUCCGAUAGCGAUCGCUCGGCCUUCUAUCGUGACGGCGUCCCUUCGAGAGCCUUUUCCCGGUUGGGUGGACAAUAUGAACGGACCGACCGGAAUCAUCGUGGGAGCAGGAAAAGGACCUCCGAGUAAAAUUACACCAAAGUUGACAUGUGUAAAAACUCUGGCAAUACGCUUUAAAUAA